CUGGCUUGUUACCUUAGAAAUCGCCCAAAUCUUCUGGAAGCAUGGCUGUCAAGCGCAAAGUAUCGCAUGCCUUCACUGAGACUGAAGGAGACUCGAAUAGGGUCCGAUUUGAGACAUGCAGACCGUCGACAGCAUGGAAUAACCGACCAAGUCAUCCUUGGCAAAGAACGAUGACAAACGCAACAAUGGGUUCUGCGAUCUCCGACCUGGAAUUCGACCCGUUGACUGCCAUCUGGGAUAAGGAACCCAGGUUUUUUAAACCGCUGCCGUCUCGCAUCCCAUCUGAAGAUAGGGAGUUUUUGAGAUUCCGAGGCGCCCUGACGACCCCUGAGAGCGGCCUGAGGGAUGAAUUGCUGCGGUGUUAUAUUCGAUGGGUCCAUGGAUCUCUACCUAUUCUGGAUCUCCAUAGGUUUCUGAGUAUCAUCGCACAGAAUGACCCCCAUGGAAAGAUCAGCCUACUGCUUUUCCAGACGGUCAUGUUCGUUGGAACGGCUUUCGUUGAUAUCAAGCAUCUGCAAACUGCCGGAUUCGCCACCAGAAAGCUUGUCCAGGAUGAGUUCUAUAGACGAGUUAAGCUUCUGUAUACCUUUGAAUGCGAAGAAGAUCGACUCGCACUUCUCCAGUCCUAUCUACUUUUGACGUCCUGCUCCGAUCAGGAGAACACACCCCACACAGAUACCUGGGACUUGGUUGCAUCGUGCACUACCCUUGCUUAUUCAAUCGGUCUCGAUCAAGACCCGUCACAGACUGCCCUGGAUCCCGGGAUGAAACAUCUGAGGGUCCGUCUGUGGUGGAGCCUCUAUACUUGUGAUCGAAUGACUGCAAUGGAGCUACGGCGGCCUCCUCACAUCAAUGGGACGCCAAGCGAUGCGCCAAUAUUGACAUUGGAAGACUUUGACUUGAAGCCGUUUCAUUCCUUCGUGGUUGAGAGGUUUCAGUGCCGCCAGCUCGAGAACGUCUGUGACCAGAGGCGUCUGGCAACCAUGUUCAUCGAGAAGGUCAAGCUCUGCCAACAUAUCGGGGAGAUACUGUCUAUUCGGUACUCGCCAUUGCAUAGAGAUCUCGGUAGAACCAGCCAACCCACCAUAACCCUCGCUCCACGGCAGGCUCCGGAGUCUGAGAUGACGCAGUGUAACCGAAGGCUGGAAUUAUGGGCCAAGGAGCUACCACAGGACGCGCACUUCAUCUCACCAUCUUCACCAAAGCCUACUAUGAAGGAUGGCGAUGAUGUCUUAUUCAUACACAGUUCCAUGCUGAAGAUGCUCUGGCAUGCCGCAAGCAGUGCAUUUCAUCGGCCUUGGCUGGCAAAUAGUCGAAUAGCCAACAGGGUCACAGCUGGACAGCUUAGAUCGCGGGAUUCAGUCAUGGGCAUCCAGGAAAUCUCCCAGAACAUCUAUCGGUUGAACCUGAUCAGGUUCCUCCCUCAAUGCGCGGUGAUGAUUAUAUCGCUAGCUGCCGCAGUCCAUCUCGAGGACUCAAUGGCUGAAAAUCCAGCAGUGAGAAAUAGCAGCAUGGCUAGACUCCAAGCAUGCAUCCAGGUGCUCAUCCAGGUAAAGGAAAUAUAUCCUUCCGCGGUGGUCGAGCUUGCACGCCUAGAAGCCGCAGUCAGAAAACAAUCAGCCUGUCAUGACAUCUACUCACCGAUACUUCUUCCCGAGUUGAACAACUGUUCCAAUACGAGCCCUCCACAAGCGCCCAUUCAUAUUCCACCUGACAUCCAUCCGAAUCUUCAACAGGCAAACAAACAGGCAACUCGAAACAUGGCAAGCGAGCUGGGUUUCCCACGACCCACCCCGCCAGUCUCUUACAACCUUGAUUCAAUCUUCCAAAGCCCCCCCUCAAGUACAGCUAUUGAUCUGGACACUUUCCCGGGCUUAUCGCCUGACGAAUCCCUGAUCGACUCUGAAAUCCCCGACCUCGAAGCAGACUGGACCGCCGAUCUGGUAGACGAAUGGGCGAAGCCAGAUUUCAACCGCGAUUAUACUUUUUCUUCAGUGUCAGAUCAGAAACGGCAUGAUUCGUUUUCGCUUUCGACCCCGAUUUAUAAGGAUUUAGGCAGGCGCCAUAUCACUGGAGAUUUGGACACGGAUUUGGGAUUAUUGCCAUUUGGAGAUGAAUUCUUUUAAAUGUCUUUAUCUAGCAUGGUGCCUUAUGAUAUUUAUGAGUUGUG